AUGGCACCAGUCACGAAGAGCCAAAAAUACGAUUACUUGGUCAUUGGUGGAGGAAGUGGCGGACUUGCCUCUGCAAGAAGAGCUGCUCAAUACGGAGCCAAAGUUGCAUUAAUAGAAAGUAGUCACAGACUAGGCGGAACCUGUGUUAAUGUGGGAUGCGUACCGAAAAAGAUUAUGUUUAAUACUGCAUCAGUUGCCGAGGCCCUGCAUGACGCCAAGGACUAUGGAUUCGACCUACCAAAAAUUCCCAAGUUUGACUGGACAGCUCUCAAACACAAGCGAGAUGAAUACAUAAAACGCUUGAAUAGAAUCUACGAAAACAAUCUCAACAAAGACGGCGUUGAAUACAUCUGGGGUAAGGCUAGCUUUGUUGAUGCAAAGACUGUAAAGAUUGAGACCGAAGACGCAGAGACUGCAGUAAAUGCCGACCAUAUUUUGAUCUCCACCGGUGGUCGGCCAGUUUUUCCUGAUACGCCUGGCGCAGAGUUGGGAAUUGAUAGCGAUGGUUUCUUCGAUCUUGAGACACAACCCAAAAAAGUCAUUGUUGUUGGGACUGGAUAUAUCGGUGUCGAAUUGGCAGGAAUAUUUAACACACUAG